UUUUCAUGCUGGAGGCAACAGCAGUGGGAGCGCUAGCUCUUCGUACCCGCGCAACCUCUCCACACUGGGAAGUGGCCCGAUUUUUGGGGGGGACGGCCGCGUUUAUUUCGGAGAGUCUGCGUUAAAAAGAAACUCAAGAAGAGAGGCAGCAACCCCGCCGUCUCGGAGGAGAACUUCAGCAGAACAGCGGUGUGCACGCCACGAAAAGCCAAUCCCCCCCUCCCAUCGACGAAAAAGGUUUCCGAAAACGCCGUCGGCGCUGGAGAUACCACUCCAUGUUUUGCGCGCUGCCUCUGGAUCGGUGAAUAUUCCGUGUGUGCUGGUGCGCGUUCGUUGAGUGCCAUCCGCCGAUGUGAUUCCUGUUCCAACGUGAAAUCGCAUCCAUCCCCGUGCGUUUGCGAAGACGCUGACAGCGACUCGGAGACGGUGGUGACGUGCCGAAGUUUUUUUGGUCGUGUGUGUGUGUGUGUGUGUUUGUGACGAAGGUGAUUCCCCACCCCCGUAAGAGAUCGUCAACACCGGCACGGAGCUUUUUCGCCGGAUCGGUAGGAAUCGUUAGCAUGACCACCGAGGCCUCCGCUACGGGCAACCUGACCUAAGCAUCUCAUGUUUCCCGCGUGCCGUACGAAUGCUUCUCGUGUCGCGCACGACUAGACCACCACGAAUCGACGUACGCCUGUGGCAGAUAUGCGGGUGGCGGCGGGCACCUAGUUGCUGCGAGGCGCCUUUUCCCGUCGCGACUUCAGCCGGCACCUGCCGACAGCGAUGAAUACCUCGCUCAAGUCGUCGACCACGGAGUGUCGCAAGUUCGCGCCCAACAUAUUCAACAAGUCCAAGUGUCAAAACUGCUUCCGCACCAAGGAUGCCCACUCGGCCGAAGCGCUCGAAAGUAACAGGGCCACCCGGAAGGUGUCGACCUGUGGCUACCUGUUUGUGGCCCCCGACUGGGACUUCUCGCAGGCGGUCAACCGGACGAGGAGGUGGCAGAGGCGCUGGUUCGUCCUCUACGACGAUGGAGAACUGACUUACUCGGUGGAUGAGCAUCCCAACACAAUCCCGCAGGCGGUGAUUGACAUGACCAAGGUAGUGGCUGUGGCUCAUGCCGAGGAACUCACCGGGAACCAGUUUUCCAUCGCCAUCACUACCCCGGAAAAGGUCCACUUUGUCAAGGGCACGGGCCGCGAUGACAGCAAGUGGUGGUUUGACGUGCUGUCCCAGUUUCCGAGCAACAUGGUGCGCAGCAAGAACAAGCACAAUGCCUGCAACCUGGCACUCACCAAGUCGGCUCCAUCUGUCAACAUCCUGUCGUGUCAGAAGCAGUAUGAAGAUCAUGGACUUGGGAACAGGGAGAACUACCGCAAUGGAAGCGUAGACGUGCAGCCUGCUCAGCAGCCACUGGAGAUUCGGAGCAACGGAACGACGAACACAGUCUCAACAAACAACCGCGAGGCGCAUGUUCCUCACAAUGGAGUGCCACUCUGCAGGCUUGACAGUGGCGGCAGCAACAGUAGCAGCAGCGUGGCUGCCUACACCGAUGCGGACGCACUCGCCAAGAGCCGUAGUCGUCGCUACCUCAAGCGGGAGAGCCGGGGGCUCAAGAGCCAGCGGAGCCGCUCGGACGGCGUGGCCAAGAUGGUGCCAGCGUCCCGUGCUUCAGAGCUGUUGCCGGCGGAGUGGGCUGGAGAGCGGGACCACCCGCGAAGCGGGUCCAGUGGCAGCCCGCCUCCGUGUCCUUUCCUACACAACCCUGUCUACCUUCUUCUGGCAGAGCCACAUGCCAAGACCACCUCUGGCACCAAAGAGACCAAGACUAGUGUGCCGACGGCCCAGCAGCUUCUGUUGAGCCGGUGGCAGAAUGACGCCAAGGGACCCAACCUCCUCCACCAAGAAAACCACCGGUCGUGGCGGACACACGAGAGCUCGCGGCGGGACGGCGGGGACGGGGGCUGCGCCGUGCCCCACUCGCCUCCUUGUCGGGACCUGCCGCAGUGGAACGUCAUGCUUCCCGGCAGUGGGACUUCUCACGAAAAGCACGCGUCGAGAGGUGUUCCCGACGGCUGCGGUCAGGGAAGCGGCACAUUGGAUGCAUCGGCGUGCGACGGUGGGAUCGGCCAGCUCAUGGGCGACAGUUUGCCGGAGGAUCUGUUUGUCAAAAAAGGCUGGCUGAUGCGGCUCGGCCCGGAUGGGGAGUGGUCGAAGCACUGGUUCGUUCUUCGGAACACCUCUCUGACGCACUUCAACGACCCCUCUGCGGAGGACUCUGGCGAACCCAGCGCCACCCUUGACCUGUGCAUGGUGCACGAGGUCAGGGAGGUCGAUCUGGAUCGCAACUACGCCUUUGUCAUUACGCUGUGGGAAGCGGAUGAGGUCAUCCUUUGUGCCGUGACUGCUGGCAUUCGCACGAACUGGGUGCAAGCCAUUCGUCAGGCCGUGAGAAACCGAAGCAGCAUGACAAUCAUCUCGAAAGACGUACCACCACCUGGUUUGGGGACGUCUACUGUGGCAACACCGACGGUGCCGCAGGUGGUGUCUUCGCCAGCGCCACCCACGCUCGCAGCCUUGGAAGGGAGGCCUCCCCACGAGACGUCGUCGAGCGACGACCACUCAGAGUAUUUCUCCAUCGUCGACGAGGAUGAAGAGGACGUCGUGGAGGAUCCAUCGCGGACGCUUCCACCAUCUCCACCACUCAACCGCACAGCGAUAUCGAGGGUGAAAGAGCGAGCCCGGUCCCGGUCCAACUCGCGGUCUCGGCAGAGUCGGCGGCUCCGGUCGCCGCAGUCGACUCAGGGAGGCGAGCCAGCCGGUACUGGUUUAUUGCAGGAACCGGAAGAGACGGCUCACAGUGACCGUUCGAGCAGCUGGGACCCCACUUUGGGCAUGGACGUUGUGGAUUCGAAGCCUCCCCUCGACACGAGUCGUUCCACAACGCCGUCAAAGACUGAUGCAACUACCUCCACAAGCGUUACUCUGACGGACGCAACGCCAGCCUCUGCACGAAGGCCUCCUGUAGCACGAAAUUCUCGCCGGUCAUCAUCAUUGCGGGAGCUGCGGACGAAAAAGUUGGAGUCCCGGUGUUCCGAACUGGAAGACCAGCUGAGGGCACGUGACCGUGAACUUGGACAGCUGAGGAGUGCCCCACAUGGUGCGUCGAGCUUUCUUCUGAGAGGCUUGCCAAAUGAUGAAGUGCUGACGCGCUCUCUGGAAAACCUAGAGACAUUCUUGACCUCCAGCAUCGGGAAAUUGAGCCGGCUAAAAGAGCAGCUGCGGAAGAGUGCGGAAGAAGGGGCGACUGGAGGCGAGAGCCUGAGAAACAUCUGGGGAGAGCUGGAAAGCCUCAUUUCCGAGAACAGCCGACGGGUCGAAGCAACGACACGGGCUCUGCGAAACUCGGCUACCCUGGAAGUGGAGGGGAAGUUAGCACGUGCUGCAGAGGAGGCGUGGGUGCUUCGACGCGAGCUGAAAAGAUCGCAGGAUGCCUUUGACGACCUCGAGCUUCGAUGCCUCGCGCUCAAGCGGGACGCCAAGAACACCGAGGAGCUACACGCUUCACAGCUGGCACUGAUGACGGCUCGCAUUGAUGACCUCACAGCAAAGCUCGCCUUGUCGGAGAAAGCACAGCGCCAGCUGCGACAGCGACUGGCACGUGCAGACUCCAAACAAGAGAAGCGACGACUCUCACUGAAGGGCAAGGAAGCCGCUGCAGCAGCUGCAGCGGCCGCUGCGAGUCCUUCAAAGGAGCUGGAGGUGAAGCUGACCCAUUUGGAACACAAGCUCGCACUUCUGGAAGAAGCUUUCCAGGGUCCCGUCAACGAGGCUGCGUCCGACGCCUCUGCUCCGGAUGACCUCAAUGCCAACACGCCCACAGGACGGAGGUCAUCCCUGGACAGCCUCUCUGGUGACCAACAGAGCCUGCUGCUCCGUGUUCAGCUUAUGGAUCAGAGACUUCAGUCGGCCCUGGACCAGCCGAAGCCCCUGGCACGACCUAGGAUAUGCCUCCAGACGGAAGCUCUUGAUGGAGGUGGGGCCGGUGAUGGAUGGAGUAGCUUGUCUCUGGCAACGAGCGUGACAGAUCUGCGGCUUCCCGAACACGGCGGCGAGUCACCGCCGGCAAGCUACCGGGAAUGUCUAGAUUCAUUAGAUGCGAGGCUUGAUUCACUCUUGGAAUGGUUACACGAGGCUCUCACCUCGCUCCGCGAGUCAGGCGUGAUGGGUUCCUUUCCCAAGCAUCUCGUAGACCGCAUAGGUGCUAGAGACGCAAUGUCAGAAGAUGGCAACAAAGACCGCUUGGCGAGGAACCUGUUACUGUUGAAAGACGUCGGCUCAAAGCUUACAGCGGCGGCAGGUUUUCAGAUUCACUUCUUUGGUAACUUGGCCACGCACCUCAGAGAGACGUCCCUCAUCCUCUUCUCCCUCGAGGAGAGGUUCGAUCAAGUGGCGUGCUCGCAUGACUUCAGGCUAGUCACUUCCGGAAGUAAUAAGUCUUGGGACCCAUUGGGAGAGGCCACGGGUCAGUGCCAGCUCACGGAACUAGAAAGCUCGCACUCGGGCAGCGAGGCUGUCACAACUGAGGUCGAGGAGCUUGCAUCACGCCUCAAGUCACUGGGCAGCGCGGCGGAGCGCUUCAACAAGAGCCGCCGAGUCCUGGUUGUCCAGAGGCUCUCCGAGUGCCUGGAUAUCCAUCCGACGUCUGACUUGGAGCCAGACGCACUCCAGAACGUGGCGGAGCAAGAGGCCGUCCUGGGUGCAGUCAUGGAGGCGCUGUCGGCAGCAAGGGCUCAUGUCAGUGACACCCUCUGCCAGAGCCUCUGCUCGUACUCGGGGACUGUUUCGGUGUCAUCAGCAGACGCAGUGUCAUUACUGCGGCAGCUUGAGGGCGCUGUCAGGCAAGAAUUUCUGAAGGUGCGCGGAGAACUGCGAGCUUCAUGCCUGGCUGAGCUGGAGAGUUACUGCUCCGCGAACCUUCCGCGCGAUGUCUUGGACAAAGAGCUGGUUCCUGUGGUACGCGACCUUGCCACUGCCAACUGUGUUUCAGCCGUCCUGAGAGCAUACGUGUCUCACGUCGAAGAGGUGGUUCGGCAGUGUGCGAGGGCACUGUGCCGUGACGAGCAGGCAGCAGCAGCACCUUUGCCAUCCGCAGAUGACGCAGAAACAGAGAAGACAGUGCAGGAGCUGUGCGACAGGGCUGCUGCCACGGCAGAAGGUGCGCCACAUCUGCUGCGCAGCUGGCUGACACGGUGCCUCACCGAAGACGACUCGCACGAAGACGAACUGAGUGCAGGUGUGGCCUGUGUCAACUCAACAGCGGAUGUUGCGGACGCGCUGGAGCGGCUCAGUGUGAGACUGCACGAAGAACGGGAGGGUCACCGGCAGCGAGUGCUUGCACUUCAAGACCGCCUGGACGCUACACAGCGGGACUGUGAACGGCUCCUAAAGUCCGGUUGCGCCACCUGCCGAGGCCUGAGAGAGCAGACGAAGGCAUUGGCGCAGCGGGCAACUGAGCUGGAACGCGUGGCUCGGGACGGAACCCUGUGUGAGCGCUGCCCGGCACAGCAGGAGCAGCUCCGGCGCCUCGCCACGGAGCACUCCCGUGAGCUUGCCGAGCACGAGGCGUCUGCACGAGAGGAGCUUGAGGGCCACAUUCGCUGCCAGGAAGCCAACCACCAACGAGAAGUGCAGCGGCUAGAGGCAGAGCUGAAGGCGGCGAAGAACCAGCUACAGCGUCUUCAGGAGGAGCAGGAGGAGCGAAUCGGCAGCCUACGGGAACUGUACCAGCAGAAGCUGUCCCAGGGGUUGGAGGUCGUGGACGCCGAGGCCGUGCGGCAGCGCUGUCGGCCAGAGAUGGAACAGCUCAAGCGCCUUUGUGAGAAAGGUUUGGCGGCACUGGAGGCCUCGCACGGCCGGCUCGUGGCCCAGCUCCAGGAGCGGCACCAGGCCGAGAUCGAGCGUCUGCGUGCCGAGCGAGACCGCGCGCUGGCCGAGGAGACCAAGGCGACUCUGGCCGCUCUCAACGCAAUGCAGAGAGCUCAUCAAGAGGAGCUACACCGGGAGAUCUCCAACUUCAAGGAGGACUACGCGCAGCAGAUGCGCCACGGACGGGACGCGGAAUGCCUCCAGAGGGAGCACCAGGAAGAGCGCGAGCACAUCAAGCAAGAGAUCCUGUCCCUGUCCGAGAAGUAUUCGCUCAAGUGCCUUGAGAAGGCGUCGCUCGAGGAGCGGCUGCAGCGAGCCGGACAGCAGCUGCAGGAGGCCAACUACCAGGUGCUGGACUUGCUGGCCAGGAACAAGCAGUUGGCAUCGCACUUGGGCCUCCAGAUCCUCCAGCGAGAGCAGGCGGUCACUUCGGACAACUCGGCCGAGGCGCUCGAGAAGUUGCUGCAGCUGCGGGACAGCCAGCUCGUGCAGCAACGCGAGGAAAAUGCACAGAUUUUGCACUCCCUGCAGCUCGCCAAGACGAAGAUAAACCAGCUGAACAGCCAGUGCCAGCAGCUGAGCAGCAGCCUGCGAGCGGAGCGCAGCGCCCACCAGGCUGAGGCACAGCGCCUGCAGUCCCGCCUCGAUGGUCUGGUUGCCCCUUCCGAUGACGGUGCGGCAUCGCAGUCAGCGUUGCAGCAGUGUCGGCCCGUGCCGGAGCGCCGUUCCUCCCUGGUGAUUCGUAAGCAGGCCCAGGCUCCGUUGGCCAAAGGUGACUCCCACAAGGGUUUCGGCCGUCCCGACGCGACGACCGGCACGCACAGCAGCUGAAGUGCUGCUACUGAGAAUGGAAUUACGGCCAAUAGCUGUCCAUUGUUUGCCUUCUACUUCCCUCUGUCUCUGCUGGUCAGAGAACAAAAGAAAAAAGUGACUGUACACAGCCCGACUUACACCUCACACACAGCCGUCAGCAAUAUGCCCAACCUCGAUGUUGUUCUGUAGUCCCCUCCCUGCGCUUGACGAUGUGCUGACACAAAUUCGCGCCACGAACUUAUCGACCGCGACAUAAGCGACCCUGGUGCAAAAUCCGGGUAUUUAGUUCUUUUCUUGAUAUGGGAUGUUUUUUUUUUACUUCGUUUCUCGUCAUUAUCGCCUAAGUGUUUCUCGUUUCCUCUGUCGUUUACACAGUCUCGUCUGCGUUUUGAAACGCGUGCGCCACCCGCUGCCGAUUCACAUGGGCAGUUCUCUAAUGAACUUCGGUCUCCAGAACUUGUGACCGGUCGAUGACUGUCAGUUGUGUUCAUGACGGUGCUCUUUUAGUUAGUCUUCUUUUAUUGAAAAUGCGCGGUGUUGAGAAACUUGCCGUGCCACCUUGCAGCUACAUUAGCAACUAACCAGGUAAUGCAGAACACGCGUUUAAGAUGGCACCUUGACUAUCUCAACUGACAAAGUGCCUCGUUUUUUUGUACAAACCAGGCAUCACAAGGCCAGGCUGCUUCAUGUCUCUUUUGCUUUUUGUUUUUUUAAAGAAACAGCUUAUUUUAUGCCUUUUUGGAGCAGCUAAAAGGAAACUCAAAAGAAAUAUAUACACUACUGAAAACACACCUACUCCACUGUAGAUGCAAAGCCUUGUUUCCUUUUCUUUCCUUUAACCCUUGGCAUUCAGGCACGUUACAAAGGGUUAGCUGGCAACAAAGCAUAUAUGUCUACACACACAACCCAACACAAAGGAUAGGUAGAAAGAAAAAGAGUUAUAGAGAGAGUUUUAUAUAUUAUAAAUAUAUUUUUACAGAUGUUCCUUGUUAACAGAGCCAGUGACGGGGAGGAGUGAAAGGACGCGGAUUGUGUGUACAUAACAAUGAAGAACGCGACAUCGUCGUCGCCCCGAAAAUGAAUCGCGGGAGGAAUAACGCCGAACUGUCGAUGCGAGCGCGUGUUUUUUUGCGAAGGUCUGCUCACCCGAGACGAGGGCGCGUCCGCUUCGUAGUCCGCCGACUCUCGGUCAAGGGCGCGCCCCCAGGGUCUGGAUGCAUUGUUUCGCCGUCCAUAUAAGUUAGUAUAGCGUAAUAGUGAGCCUUAACAUUUUUUUUUUAUUUUCAUAGAACGCGCGCGGUAGUCGUUUUCCGUUGCUACCAACACCGCUGCUAGAUGGCGCUUUUCCGUCCGGGCAGCCGUACCGAGGCGCUUCAUCGCCGAAACACCCGCGGCGCGCGCCGUAUCUACUCAGGUCUCCUUCGGAAAAAAGUUUGAAGAAAUAAAGGUAAUGAAAUACGCCUCGGUGGCUGCCUCAGGUUUUUUAUGUGGUCUUUUUUUUUUGUAGAUGUGCAAUACUAAACAAGUCUUUUGUUUCUCGUGAAAUACAAUAAAGAAGAUAUAAAUGUGUCUGCAUCC